UGUUUGUUCAGAUUAACUCAGUCAAGGGGACAAUAGUAAAUUAUAGUGCCUGCAACCGUGCACAUUUUCCCUUAUUUUCAGAUCCUAGAGGAGCGGAGAACCUGUGAGGAUAGAUUUUAUUGGGCCAGUCCAGCGCCAUGCUGAAUAAUACAUGGGCGGCGAGGCGAGAUUGGUGAGUCACGCGGCGGCCAGCUGACGGCCGUAAACAAACAGUGGCUUGGCAGGUGACGUGAGUUCCGUAAUGGAGUCACCAGCCCAGGCCACCACCACAAGCCACUGUCAUGCAUUUAGCUGAUCAAGGCUGAGGCCCCAAAGAUCGGGAUGGCCGGCAAGACAGAGGGCCUCGGGGAGACACUCACCCGUCACUACCGGCUGUCCUGUGAGCUCUUCAACACCUUCCCGCACCCUCAAGUGACCCUCCAGCUGUCUCGAGGCUUCCUGGAGCUCCACCUCGACUCCAUAGACCUGGACCACCUUGAAGCACUGUGCCACACCAUCAAGAAUAAAGUCUCCCCAACACAUCUCAGGAUUCAUGUGCCAACUGGUGGGAAGGAAGUGGUGGCGGCGAGAGUGGUGGAGCGGGCGGUGGAGGGCGUGGCGGUGUGCGUGGUGGCCUCCCUCACCGUCACCUCGCUGGGGCUGGAGGGCGUCAGGCUCCGAGGCAGGACGCUGAAGUUGCUGUGUGAGGGCAUAAGGAAGGCCCGCACACUGAAGACUCUGCAUUUAGGGAAGUGUACUCUGGGUGACUCAGGGACGGAGAGUGUGUGCCAAGCCGUCAAGAACGUACCCAGCAUCACCCACUUGUCCUUGGUUGACUGUGGGCUGGCGGAGAGGGGAGCCACGGCCAUUGCCUGCCUCAUAAAGCAUCAGCGGCUGAACCGAGACACCGCCAUGUGGCAGGACACCUUGAGGCAGCGGCGGCCCUUCUUGGACGGCAUGAAGGGGCUGCGUCGCCUCACCCUCAACAGUAACCCAGCGCUAGGGGACCAGGGCGCGGCGGCCAUCGCUGAGGUGCUGACGGAGGACCUCUGGAUCAAGGCUGUGGACCUGCAGCACUGUGGCCUGGGUGUGGGGGCCGGGGCGUCGCUCUGUGCUGCGCUGCGAGUCAACCAGACGCUGGAGGUGGUGGACGUGCGCAACAACCCCUUCCUGCCGGACAGGAUUCUCGGGGAGCUGGCCGGCCUGCUGCAGGGGCGACAGACAGAGGACGAGGCGCAGUACAGUUGGCUCAAUACCUCGCUGGUGGAGGCUAAGGAGGCACACCAACAAGAGCGAGGCAGGAACACAGUGAGCUACAGGGCCAGUGGGAGGACGCUGAAGGGGAGGAGAGCCCAGAAGUCACCUCGCAUGCCCACCAGCGCCAGGAGACCCAGAGUGCCGGCCCAGCUUGGAGUGCCGUGGAGGGUGGAACACAGGCUCUAUGAAAGGAGGGAGGGUCUUGAGCCGGGCUCCAUGGUGAAGGAGCACUUUGGGGAGCAGCCACAGCCGAGUGUCGGGGAAGCAGCAUCACAGUCCCCACGAGCCUCAGCGUCCGAGGGGGAAGUGACUGUGAUGAAAAUUAGGAGGAAGCUGCAGCACUACCGAGGGAAGUACCACAAGGAGCGUGAGCAGCGGCGGAGGCUGGAGCGCAAACUGUCCCGCAUCCAGACGCAGCUGAAGGGCCUCCACACGCUGGACGAGGCCACCAUCACCCACAUUGAGGAGUGCUUCGUCAAGUUCCAGGUCUUCCUCUCCAUGAUGCAGAACUCAGGAGAGCACCUGCAGACAUCUUCCUCCUCCGGUGCUGCUAGUCCUGUGCCUCAGCCAACCGAGCCAUCCACCAGCUUCCAUCUCCCUCCAGGUAUGAACUUACCACCUGGAGCCUUUUUUCCAAACCUUCCCUUCAGUAUACCUGUCCCUGUGUUCCUCCAGCAGCCAGCUCAUGAAGUCACCUCCCAGAGCCAAGAAAUCACCCCCACGAGUCAGCCUGUCCCUGCACCACCUUCAGCCAGUGUGGAGGGAAGGCAUAAUGGGACCAAGAAAACAAUAAGCGAUAGGAAGGCAAUAAGGGAAGCAGAUCGUCCAAGUCAAAACAGGGAGGAUAUCAUGAACCUGACUCCUUCCAUAACAGAUACAAUGAAUCCAGUAGUAAGUCCGGGUCACUCAUUUCGUGGGACUAAGAGUGAAAUGCCAAAGGAAGGGAGACCGAAUUUAGCAAGAGUAGCAUCUCAGCAGUAUAGAAAUGACCCUCCUGGAUUUGCACUGAAUGGCAGGGACAACAGAGAUGAGGAAACAAUGAAGCAAGAAGAGACGAGUGAGAAGAAAAUGCUGAACCAAAUGAAUGAAGGCAAGCAAAUAAUAAUAAUGAGUAAUUCUAAAGACAGUUACCCUGCGCCAAUUCAUUCCUCCUCAAGACCCGUCAAGCAGAAACAGACAGUGGGGACUCAGGUUACGAACGGCAUCCUAGAAAGUGAGGUUGCUGAAGUUAAGAGUCCCAGGAACCAAGAGACGAGAAGUAGACCAACCAACAUAGAUACUUUAGCCAUGAGAGUGGAAGUUGGGGAUUUAAAAGAGGAGAGAUUGAGAGCUGGAAAGACAAUGGACACAGAUGAAAAGGAAAGCCAUAACCUGAAAGAGAAUGGAGAAAGUGAAAUGAGCGUCCAGUCUGUAAAUCAUGCUGUGAAAAUGAGCGAAAUAACGAAGGAGGAAACUAAAAAGACGAUGAACACAGAUGAAGAGGAAACACAUAACAUGAAAGAGAACAGAGAACAUGAAAUGCGCUUCCAAUCGAUAAAUUAUUCCUUGAAAACGAGUGAAAUGAUUAAAGAGGAAAGGCACCCUCGGAAAGCCCAGCAUCACUUCAAAAACAAUUCAUCCGAGGAAGUCAAACCAGCGCAGGAAGACAGACUAUCUAGUCCCUUAAGAAGCCCAGGAUCAGAAGCCGACCAGUCACUCCGAGACAUCCAGUUACUUCAAGAGAUACAGUCAAUCCACUCUGCCAGAUCUAGUCACCAUCCUCAGUCAAGUCAGUCAGUGCACACCAGUCAGUCAUACUCCAGUCAGCCGCCUUAUGAGAUUCAGUUUGUGGGGGAAAGCCCUUUACCACGACACAGUUCAUCUUCUCCUAGGAAAUCGCCACCACUCGUUCGGUAUCGUCAAGAAAGCCAGUCACCAAGAAGCCAGUCACAUGCAAGCCAGUCACCCCAAAGUCAGUCACCUCAUAGCCAGUCACCAAACAGUCAUUCACCGAACAGUAAGUCACCUCAAAGUUCUUCUCAUAGCCAGUCACCUCAAAAUCAGUCACCUCACAGCCAGUCACCUCGAAGCCCACCUCCUCACAGUCAGUUUCCCCAUAGCCAGUCACCUCACAGUCACAUUCACUCACCUUCUAACCAGCAACCUCAAGAAACUCACUCACCCAAGAGGAACCAGUCACAGCAAAACCAGUCACUUUCACCACUCACUAAACCACCACAGUCACCACACAGUCAGUCACCAUCAAACCCACAACAACCUCAAGAAGCCCACUCACCCAAGAGGAACCAGGUGCAACAAAACCAGUCACAUCCAACACUCGGGUCACAGUCACCUCACGAAAGCCACCUACCUCAGGACGCUCAUCUCCCUCCUAAGAAACGAUCACCCAAGAGACACUCGCCAAAGAAGAGCAGAUCACCAAGAGAGGAGUGGGGUGGCGAGGUACAAGCCAGCGAGGUGAGCGAGACAGAUGACGAGAAGAUGAGGAACCUGAGCGCUUGGUUACACGGGCGUAUGAGAGGAAGGGCGUCCACUCCUCCUUCCUCCUCUUCCUCCUAUAGCAUCAGUGAGCAGCUCCAACAGUCACACACAUCUUGGACGAAGGGUCAAGGCCAUCGGAGGAGCAAGGAGGGAGGGAAGGAAGAAGAGGAGUGGUCUAGGAGAGAAGGAGGGAAAGAAGUGAAGGAGAUGCAUAGAUGGAGAGAUAGAGGAGGGAAGGAAGGAGAGGAGAUGCCUAAAGGGAAGGAAGAAGAGGAAGGGCAUAGAGGAAGAGAAGGAGAGAAGAAUGUGGAGUUGUCAAGAGGGAGAGAGAGAGGAGGGAAGAAAGUAGAGGAGUUGACAAGAGGGAGAGAGAGAGAAGAUGAGGUGCGAGGGGAGAGCGAGUUCGAGUUUGAUGCAAGUGACCUGGAGGACCUCAGCAUCACCGGCCUCACCCUCACCAACACCUCCCUGCCUGAAGAGAUCCACACCCCUGGAGACGAGGACUUCUAAACCUCAACAUACAGACCCAAAAAGAAUGUGAGGUAUGGGCAUGUCAAGAGAAGGAGGAGGUAGAGGUAGAAGGAAGAGAUCAGCUGGAAAACCAUAGAAGACCUGAUGGUAACAGUGUGUGGAGGAAGAUUAUGCAAAGGUUGAGAUGGUAUGGGCACAUCAAGAGGAGGGAGGAGGACCACAUACCCAGAAAAGCUGCAGAGGUAGAGUUUGAAGGGAGGAGACCAGCUGGAAGACAAUAGAAGAGCUGGAAAUGGUGUUUGGAGGCGGACGUGAGAAGGAGGAACAUCAGGGAGAAGA